CCCGGGGGGGGGCAGAUCCCUCCGGGCCGGGCAGAUCCCUCCCGGGGGGGCAGAUCUCUCCUGGGGGGGGGGGGGAGAGGGCAAAUCCCUCUAGGCCAGGCAGCCUCUCCCUCUGCCCCUCCCCCUGAGGCUGGUGUCCCUGCAACCACCGGUUCCUGCCGCCUCUGGAUCCAGGAGCUGGCACCUUCCUGCAGUGAGGUGCCCACAACCGGCCCCACUCCAGGUUAACUGGUGCCACGACAAGGAUAUCACAAUAACCGAUCACAAGAGCAUAGCUCUACCGCACACAGCACGCCAUGACCCGUGAAGAAGAAAUGCCCGACUGGGAAGGAGCCCAGGAGUUUUACAGCAAAUAUGACCCAAAGGAUAUCCUUGGCCGGGGAGUCAGUAGUGUUGUCAGGCGCUGUAUAGAGAGGAAGACAGAUGUACAGUAUGCUGUGAAGAUUAUAGACAUCACUUCGGAGCAUCUGACGCCAGAGGAGCUGGAAGAGAUUUGCACAUCGACUACCCAGGAAAUCAGCAUCCUCAAACAAGUGUCGGGACACCCAAAUAUAAUUUCGCUAAAUGACUGCUAUGAAUCUUCAAGCUUCUACUUCUUGGUGUUUGACCUGAUGAAGAAAGGAGAGCUGUUUGACUACCUGACUGAAAAAGUCACCUUGAGUGAGAAGGAGACCAGAAGCAUCAUGCGCGCACUGCUGGAGGUCGUUCAGUUCCUCCAUUCCAAGGACAUCGUGCACCGUGACCUCAAGCCCGAAAACAUCCUCCUGGACGACAACAUGAACAUUAAGCUGUCGGACUUUGGGUUUGCCCUACAGCUGUCCACUGGGGAGAAGCUGCGAGAACUGUGUGGGACCCCGGGCUACCUGGCUCCAGAAAUCCUCCUGUGCUCUAUGGAUGAAUCUCAUGCUGGAUAUGGCAAAGAAGUGGAUUUGUGGAGCUGUGGGGUGAUCAUGUACACGCUGCUCAGUGGCUCUCCGCCAUUCUGGCACAGGAAGCAGAUGUUGAUGCUCAGGAUGAUCAUGGACGGAAAUUACAAUUUUGACUCUCUGGAAUGGCAAGACCGGUCAGACACUGUAAAAGAUUUGAUCUCCCAGCUGCUGGUGGUGAAGCCCGAGGAGCGUUACACGGCAGACCAGGCACUGGCUCACCCGUUCUUCCAGCAGUACCUGGUGGAGGAGGUGCGCUACUUCAGUCCCUACCGCAAGUUUAAGACCAUCAUCUGGACGGUUCUGGCGUCCGUUCGCAUUUAUUACAAGUACCGGCGAGCGAAGCCUCUCAGCAAGCAAGUGCUGAUUCGCGAUCCCUACGCCUUUAAAGGGAUUCGUAAGAUCAUCGAUGGCUGCGCUUUCAAGGUGUACGGACAUUGGGUGAAGAAGGGUUUGCAGCAGAACCGGGCAGCUUUGUUUGAGAAUUCUCCCAAAGCCUUCCUGUUCUCCCUCAGCGACACCUCGGCUCACCUGGAAUAAAUCCUCCCUCUCCGGUCAAUCGUUGGGUAGAAGUCUGGUCCGGUUCUCCGGCAGUGAGCCCAACAGUGCUUCCUCCUUCCAUUUUGUAUGUUUAAGGUUUGUGUUGAAGGUGUAACUUUAUGAAUGUGAAUUGCUGAUUUAAAAUUCUGCGAAGCCGGUGAUUCAGAUCCCAGUGAUUCUGCAGUUCUGUGAAUGCUGAGAGGGCGUUUGGUAUCAGAGUGAUUCACCCGUCGUCACCCCGGUUCACUGUGUCCCCCCCGAGUUCACUGUGUCCCUCCCUCCCGCCCUGUUCCAUCCCAUUGACUGCAGUCUGUCACCCUCUUGUGUCAGCACCACUCUCCGUCUGCUCAAUCCACCUCUCUCACCCAGUCCACCCUGACCCUGACCCCCACCCUGACCCUGACCCCCACCCUCACCCUGACCCUGACCCCCACCCUCACCCUCACCCUGACCCUCACCCCCACCCCCACCCUCACCCUCACCCUCACCCUGACCCUG